AUGGCUCCACGUUUUGAUGCUUCUUUGGUUCCACUCUAUGUUAUCCUUGGUACUGCCGCUGCUUUCACCGUUGGUUUUGGUGUAAGAACAAUGUCUACUCAUAAUGAUCUUAGUUUAACAAGAAAGACUCAAAUGUUAUUUAUGAAUAAUGAUGCACCAAAACUUAUUGCUCCAAAUACCUCUGCUGGUUUCUAUCACAAGAUUCACAGUGGAUCAUACCUCAAGGAUGUUGUAAAUGUGUGUAAGAGUAGAAUUAAACUAAAUAUAAUAUAA